AUGUUGAAUCAAACCCUCGUCCACAUUGCCGCCCCCAGUUCCCUUCACGACGACUGCCGCUAUCGAGCUCAAGCCGACGCCAUUCUCCAGACCUUCUACCAUGACAAGAAGGAGACUGUCCACGACGAGAAUAGUCUCCCGCAUGAUCCUCCCCUCGCACCUGCACGAUUAGCUCCCGACUCCUUCGAUAGUCCGGUCUCUGUCAUCCCCGAAUCGCCACUGGGUAAACGGCCAUCACCACCAUUAUCACCAGAACAACCCAACAAAAGACGCCAUGCAGACUCCCAACCAGACACGCAAGAAGAAGAAGAAGAACAACAUGAAAUAAAACCCCCCCUCAGCAUCCACCCACCACCACCCCCCAUUGCCUCAACCCCCUUCACCACUCACAUCACACCCACCCUCUCCCUCCUCGCCAACCGCCUCAAUCUCGCCCGGACGUUUGUCCCGGCGCACCAGGCCCGCCCGCUCCACCUCCUCGAACGGGGUUAUUGGUGGCUUCGCCUGCGUUUGCGCGACCCGGCGCUGAACUCCCGUUAUCCCCGGCCUUCGGAUCGGGGCUGGAACGCCCGAUGGUCCGGUGCUACUACUACUAGCACUACUGCUACUAAUAGUAGUAUUGCGGAUGCAAAUAAUCCUACAAGAGCGGGUGCGCGUGCGGAUUCAAAUACCUGGGACAGGGAACUGUUCACUCGCUUUUGGGCUUUUUUAUCCGAUCUCAUUGCCAAAGAAGGGCGCGCGGGAUGGGGUGUGUGGUGUAUUCUCGAGCGAGAAUCAGAGCCAGAGGUAGAGGCCGAGUUCGAGUCAGGAGGAGCAGAUCGAGAUCUGUUUCCAGAUCGGGGGCAUGAUCACCGUCCUACUCCUCAUCCACCGGAUAACGCUACAACCACCACUAACCCGUCUGCUGGAAAUUUUGUGUUGAAGGUGUAUACAUGGGGCGAAGUCGCGCCUCAUGUAUAUUUGUUGUUGUAUCUUGCUAGUGAGCGCCGGAUCCGGGGGAUGGGUACGCAGUGGCGCGAUGCGUCCGAGGCGGUUGUUAUUCAGAUGGCUUGA